AUGUGCGACUGCGGUCCGGGCCAGUUCGCCUGCACCAGCUUCGCAGAAGAAGGGAGCAACUGCAGCUGCAUACCAGCGCGAUGGCACUGCGACUCGGACGACGACUGUGGGAACGGCAGCGACGAGCUAGGAUGCGCACCGCGAAACUGCACCCACGAUGAAUUUGAAUGCGAGAACGGACGCUGUAUUAACAAAUCCUGGCGCUGCGAUGGAUACGAUGACUGCGGGGACACAACAGACGAGAUAUGUCCGGUCCGGUUGUGUGGGGAAGCUGAAUUUCGCUGCAUGACGGGCGGCUGCAUAUCGCUGGCCUGGCGGUGUGACAAGGACAUCGACUGCGUCGACGGCUCAGACGAAGGUGGCUGCACUGCUUUCACAUCUAACAUGUGCCUGGAGGAAGACUUUCAGUGCCGCAGUGGUCGCUGUGUCGGCAUGAACUAUCGCUGCAACGGGGACAAUGACUGCGGCGACUGGUCCGACGAAGAAGGCUGUGAGGGCAAGAGUGCUUGCCAAGAAGGCGAGUUCCGGUGCGAGGACGGCUUCUGCAUCAACGUGGACUGGAAGUGCGACGGUGACGCCGACUGCGAUGACCACUCGGACGAGCGCGACUGUCCGCCACGGCAGUGCGCCGCGCACGAGUUCCAGUGCCUGUCCGGAAAGUGCAUCCAACUCGAGUGGCGUUGUGACGGUGACUUCGACUGCUCCGACAACAGUGACGAGGACGGAUGCGUCGGCCGAGAGGUUGCCUGCGACCCCGGCCACUUCCGCUGCCUAGACGGGACGUGCAUCGUGGAGCGACUCGUCUGCAACGGGACGCCAGACUGCCCGGACCGCUCGGACGAAGCUCAGAACACGACCUGCAAGACGAGCACUCCAUGCCGGGAGGAUGGCUUUCCCUGCCAGCACCAGUGCAUGGCCACGGCCACGGGUCAGCGCUGUUCCUGCAAGGAGGGAUACCAGCUGGCGCCAGACGGACGCUCCUGUCUCGAUGUAGACGAGUGCACGUACGAAGGUACAUGCAGCCAGGCGUGUGUCAACACUGUGCCAAGCUUCCAGUGCCUUUGCAAGGAGGGCUACAGGCUACGGGACGAUAAGCGCCACUGCAAGGCUCAAGGUUCCGAGGCGUACGUGGUGUUCGCCAACGGGGCCGACAUCCGUCGCAUAACGAUGGACAAGUCUGAGUACACCUCCGUGGCCGCCAAGCUGCAGAACGCCGUGGCACUGGACUACCACCUGACGCUGGACACACUCUUCUGGUCCGACAUUACGGUGGACGUCAUCAAGGCGUGCAGCCUGAGUAACUGCACCGCCGAUAGCGUGCGAACUGUCGUCUCGCGUGGACUGGGAAACCCGGAUGGACUGGCCGUGGACUGGCUCAUGGAGCGCGUCUACUGGACUGACUCGGGCAUGGGUCGCGUCGAGUCUGUGGGCGUGGAUGGCCACCAGAGAAGGGCGCUCGUCUGGAAAGACCUGGACAAGCCGCGAGCCAUCGUUGUCUACCCGCAGUACUCGAGCGUGUUCUGGACUGACUGGGGCGCACGACCACGGAUCGAGCGCAUCUACACGGAUGGAUCGGGUCGGCGCGCCAUCGCAGACACGUCGCUGUUCUGGCCUAAUGGGCUGACGAUCGACUACGGCAGUGACCGCAUCUUUUGGGCCGAUGCCAAGCACCAUCAGAUCGAGAGCGCCGACUUGGAUGGGGCCAACCGCAAGAAGGUCAUCGAAGCUGGUCUGCCACACCCAUUUGCUGUGACCAUAUUUGAGGACACGCUCUACUGGACUGACUGGCAAACGAAGAGCAUUCACACUGCUUCGAAAUUUGGUCAACACGAACCGUCCAUCUUCCACCCAAAGUUAUCUUUCCCCAUGGACAUUAAAGUAGUCCAGAGUCUGCGCCAGCCGGACGGAUCUAACCCUUGCACAUCCACCGACAUCAAGUGCAGCCACUUGUGUGUUUCCAACAACGAGACCGCUUCCUGUGCCUGCCCGAGUGGCUUGCAUCUGCAGGCUGACGGUCUCACGUGCAUCGAAAAACCGGACUCGUUCCUGCUUUUCGCUCACCGUGGUGACAUUCGUCGGCUGUGCCUAAACUGCACUGAUGACGUUGACGUCACGAUACCGCUACGAAGUGCAAUCAGCGCCGUUGAUCUCGACUGGGAUGCCGCUACGGACAUGAUAUUCUGGACUGACGUCACGCACCACUCUAUCUUGAAGUCAAAGUGGAAUGGCGAUGGUCAAGAGGUUGUUGUCGGCACAAAUGCGGAAAGCGUGGCUGGCCUUGCCUUGGAUUGGGUCAACUGCAAGUUAUACUGGACGGAUGCGGCGAACGACCGUAUUGAAGUGGCCAACCUGGAUGGUAGCCACCGGGCAGUGCUCAUCUAUGACGGCUUAGACAAACCCCGGGGAAUUGUUGUUGACCCGAUUCGAGGCUACAUGUAUUGGACGGAUCUGGGCGACCUACCCAAGAUUGAGCGUGCAAGCAUGGCCGGCCACCAGAGAUCUGUCAUUGUGCAACACAAUCUGACUUGGCCCAACGCUUUGGCGAUCGAUUACUCCAGCGAGACGCUGUACUGGACCGAUGGCGCCACCAAAACUAUAGAGCUCAUCCACAUUCCCACCAUGAAGAGAAAGGUGCUGAUGUCUCAAGACCUUCCUCACCCGUUUGGGCUUACGGUAUUUGACGGUCGCGUCUACUGGACGGACUGGGAAAAGAAAGCCAUACUGUCAGCCGACGCGGCGACAGGUGAAAACAGAAGAACCGUCCUACCGGGCCGCGAUGGCCUUCGCAACAUACUUGUCUUUCAUCGCAACAGACCUACAGUACCAAAUGCAUGCUCGUCGAAUAAUGGCGGCUGCAGCCACUUGUGCCUUCUUGCGCCCAAGCCAAAGAGCUUUCUCUGUGCCUGUCCCACUGGGACGAUACUCCUCAACGACACAAAAACAUGCUCAAGAGGAAUGAGACGUUUCCUUAUCUUCUCUCGUAGAACGGAAAUACGAAAAAUGUCUCUCGACGUGCCUUACUGGGCAGAUGUUGUUGUUCCGCUCAGAAAUCUACUAAACGUCGUCGCCGUCGACGUCGACACUACCGAUGAACAAAUUUACUAUGCCGAUGCCGAACGCCACGUCAUUGAAAGCUGUGAUACAGACGGCCGCCGUGUUAAGGACGUGGUCUCUUUUGGUUUGGAGACGCUUGGAGGCCUCGCCGUAGACACGAUUGGCCGCAAGCUCUAUUGGACAGACUCUGGCAGGAGCCUUAUUGAAGUAUCCGAGCUGGAUGGAAAGCACAGACAUGUGCUCGUCUGGAAAGAUGUCGACAGUCCCCGCGCAAUCGUGCUGCAUUACAGAAAAGGUGCUAUGUUUUGGACUGACUGGGGAAACAAGAUCCGCAUCGAAUCAGCGGAUAUGGACGGAGAAAACAGAGCCCUCCUGGUACAAGACGGCUUAGGUUGGCCCCAUGGGCUUACUAUUGACAAGGAGUCAUCGCGCCUUGUGUGGGCCGAUGCGAAGCUACACGUUAUCGAGUCAACUGGCCUUGACGGAAAGAAUCGCAAGGUACUGGCGCGAGAUGUCGCCCACCCGUACGGAGUGCUGGCGUUCUCCGGGCACCUGUACUGGACCGACUGGGAGACCAAAGCCAUCCAUCGGUCCGACACUAACGGCCAGAACGGACAGAUGAUCAGGGCCAACUUGGCCGGUCUGAUGGACAUACAUGGAGUAAACACCGAGUACGCCGGCAUCAACGUCUGCGGAAGGACCAACGGAGGGUGCAGCCAUUUGUGCCUCAGAAAGCCUCACGGGUAUUCGUGUGCGUGUCCAACCGGAAUCCUUCUAAAAUCUGAUGACAGAACUUGUUACGAAGCGCCUUCUGCAUUUUUGUUAUUCGCCAACCGUGGUAGCCUUCGGAAAAUAUCUUUAGACACUGCCGACAACAUUGACAUGCAUCUACCUCUGAACGAUGUCUACAAUGCCGUGGCGGUUGACUUCAACUACAAUGAAUGGAAGCUCUACUACACGGAUGUUACUCUUGACGUGAUUAGGAGAGUGGACUUGAAUGGUACUAAUGUGGAAGUAAUUGUAGACAAUGACCUCGAAGCAGCUGAUGGUUUAGCACUGGACUGGAUAGCGCGAAACAUUUACUGGGCUGAUUCACGGCGCAAGACAAUAGAGGUCGCCCGAGCGGAUGGGUCAAGCAGGAAACUUUUGAUAAACCUCGACCUGGACGAGCCGCGCGCGCUCGCAUUGUUUCCCGAAAAAGGGUUCAUCUUCUGGUCAGACUGGGGAAAGCUUCCGAAAAUUGAGCGCUCUUUUCUGGAUGGUAGUGGGAGAAGAGUCAUCAUAGCCACGGACCUUGGUUGGCCCAAUGGAUUGGCCAUUGACUACGAGACAGAAAGACUAUACUGGGUCGAUGCCCAGCUUGACUGUAUCGAGUUUUCGGACUUCAACGGCAAAAGUAGACAAAAGCUUAUUGAAGGCGUUUCACAUCCCUUCGGACUCACUCAGUACCAGUCUUACAUAUACUGGACAGAUUGGCACACAAAGGCCAUCGAAAAAGCUCACAAAGAAACGGGUGCCGAGCGUGUCAUCAUUCGGGACAACAUUGAGUACCUGAUGGAGAUCAAGAUGGUGGCAAGGUCCAGGCAGACUGGUACAAACUCCUGCAGUGUGAGGAACGGUGGGUGCUCUCACCUGUGCUUGUACAGGCCACAUGGACACAUCUGUGCCUGCCCCAGCCAGCCAGAUUCAAGGCAUUGCUCAACAUUUCUGCCAUCGGCACUACCAAAUGCAUCAAGUGCUGGCUGCAGUACUUCUGACAUGGCAGGAGGAAAGUGUCACGUCAUAGGAUUCAAAUUUUAUGAUCCCAUGUUUCAAAGCACAUACAUUGCUCUUAGCGUCAUCGGUGGAGCACUUGUGUUGCUUCUGUUGGGAGCACUGCUGCUGUGGUGCAAGAAAAUGAAGAGCAACCGCACACUGGAACGGGUACAAGCACCACACAUGGCCCGGUACUCCAAUCAUUCACCAGGUCCCGCUGACUACCUCGACAAGAAGCCCUGGGGUUGGAGCCCCAAGGUGCGCUAUGAUAAUCAUGAGCCCACACUCGUUGGCAUCGGCGGCAAGGAAAAGCUGGACAACCUAGAGGUUGCCGCGCUGGUGAGCAAACGGCUCGACGAGCUCGAAUCAGGCGUGAUCACGCUUUCGUCAGGCGGCGGAGACGGCAAGGGCUUGUACAGCUUAGGUCUCCAAGGUUGCCCGACACCGCCGUCGCCUCCCAGGGUGGCCUGCCCUCGGCACUCGCCACACAGCGUCAGGAGCGGCGGCUCGCUGAGGAGAACGCUGCCGCACGACAUGCACCAGCAGCCGCAUCACCAUCAACAUCACCUGCCCUCUGUGGAGACGGACAUUUGA